UAAAUAAUGGACAUUAUUGAGUCGAGCAUUAUCUUAUCAUGGCUGUACAUUGAACUUUCAUUAUGGACGUCACGAUUGCCGACUUGUCAUAUUUUGGUUAUAUCAUUUUUGCCUAAUGAUUUGUUCACCGCUUUUUACCUAAAUUGAACUAGACGAAACCUAGUAGAUUUAUCUCGGGGUCCAUUUAGCCUAAGUGUUAUGUGCUUAAUUACUCCCACUACAGACGAAAUGCCUCUAGCAAUGAGUCGUGUGUAGUGCGAUGUCGCAAGUGGUUAUCUGUCCCUAAAUUAGGUAUCUAUUGUGUAUAAACCGUUCAAGCAUGUCUACUCAGUUAUUCGUUGCGGAAUGGCACAGAAUACCUUCAACACCCGAUGUUCCUGUUGUUGACACUAAGCGAGUACUGGUCCUCUUUGGCACCAUAGCAGUAUUAGCAGGUUCCCGCAUCGCCUACAAAUAUAUAUUACAGCGACGGCGCAAGGCGCGCGAGAACGAAGUGCUAGCAGCCGGCCAGCGGGAGCGCUGCGCGCGCGUCUGCGACCCCGACCUGAGCCAGGCGCAGCUCCUGCUCUGUGUGGUGUGCAUCGAGAAUCCUAAGCAGAUAAUCCUCCUACCCUGCGGCCACGUGUGCCUUUGCGAAGACUGUUCAGACAGAAUCACAGAGCAGUGCCCGAUCUGCCGAGAGCGGAUAGAAUCACGCGUCCCGGCCUUCAUCACGUAGGGGCUGAUACAGGGCAUGUUGAGACUUGGGACGGGGACAAGUUAAGUUGAUACAGCGGGGCUUGUUGAGACAAUUGGACAAGUUGAAACAGGUGAGGCAAGUCAAAACAGUGAAGUGACUUGAGAGUAUAGGGCAGGAUCUAGUUUUAAUCUAGAGCCAUGGGAAUUUAUACCCUCGUAAAUUACUUUUAUAGACAACAGUUGAGGUAAAAACAUGCCAUUUGUUAUACAGGAGUCAUUUUACUAGGCUAGUCUAGUCUAAAUAAUAUUAUUGUACUACACCUAUAGGCAGGAGUUUUAGCAAUGAAUUACUUAUAUAAAAUAGCGUCAGCAGUCAAUCAAAUAGAGCCAGUGUUAUUUUAAAAGUGUUAUUGUAUUCCUUUUUUUAUAUUAAUAAAGCAUUCUUUAUGAAAUAUUGUUCACUUAACCCAAGGAUCAACUGUAAUUGCUAAUUGCCCGAAUUGUACAACAUAGUUAAUUCUAGGUUAUGUUUGUAAUAGAGCUGAGCAUAUUUUGAAGUUCAUAUUGUGGGUGUGUGUAUGUUAAUUAAUAAUUGUUUUAUAUAAA